GUAUUUUAUGACUUUUAUGUUUGUUUAUUCUGUCGAAAAACUCGAGUCAAACUUUAUAAUUACUUACCACGCGCGUUGAGCCUUGCGUGACAACUCGAUGUCACGCAUUUGCAUUUAGCGGUAAUAACCUCGUUUCCAUGGUUUACCCUCAAUAGCUGAGGAAGGACUGGAAACGGUCACAGUUCGGCGGCCAUGAUUGCCGCUUCCCCGCCAAAAUUUAAUCUCUUUCCACGCUCGCUCGAAACGUUCGACAAUUUGAUUUCUUCAGUUUUGUAGCUGUUAGUUCAAUAUCCAUUUCCUGAAAAUGACGAUGAACUGCAUAACUCGAAGAGGUCGUGGAAUUUUGGUGGCGUUCGAAGGUUGCGAUCGAAGCGGAAAGUCAACACAAUGUAAAAUGCUUGUGGAAUAUUUGAAAUCGAUUGGGCGAGACGUAGCUCAUUUACGUUUCCCAGAUAGAACAACAGCCAUAGGACAGUCCAUUAAUUCGUAUCUGCAAGGAAAAACGGAGUUAGAAGAUCAUGCUAUUCAUUUACUGUUCUCAGCAAACAGAUGGGAAGUUGUACCAAAAAUUAAGCAGCUUUUAGAAAAUGGGACCCUUGUGAUAGUGGAUCGAUAUGCUUUUUCUGGAGUAGCUUUUACUGCAGCUAAGGGUUUUGAUGUGACAUGGUGUAAGAAUCCUGAUCGGGGUCUGCCAAAUCCAGAUGUGGUUUUCUAUUUAGACAUUUCAAUAAAAGAUGCACAGACAAGGGGCUCCUUUGGUGAUGAAAGGUACGAGAAGGUUGAAAUCCAAGAACGAGUUGCAGAUAUCUAUAAACAACUCAGAAGUGAUGACUGGAAGGUUGUUGAUGCCAUGAAAGAUGUGAAUGAAAUUCACGCGGACAUUAGAAACACUGUUUUGGAACUGGAAGGACAAUUUGCAAAGACUCCACUGAAAGGACUUUGGACAAAUGAAAAUUGAAGUUAGUUAUUGAUAAACUGGGAGCAAAACGCGUUAUUUUCAAGACUGCGAGCAAUUUCUCGUGUUAUUAUGAAUUGUCGCGGCAGAAGUAAAAACCAGAGGGGAAAAUUGAACGAAGUGGAAAAAAUGGACGUGGAAUUCAGUAUUUUGUGAAAAGAAAUCUGCUUAAUGCACCUGCACCAGCACCAGCACACCGUGACGGGGUGGGCAACGUUUGGCAUGUAAAAAAAUUUAAAUGUAAACAGUCUGCGGUGAAAAAAAUUGCCGCGCGCCAGCUUUUUCCCGCGCGUUUUUGCUUAGUAGGACUAUUCGAAUAUCAGAUGGGGCAAGAAUACGUGGAAACAAAUUGUAUGUUGCUUGUCCUUUCUCCAAGCAUUACACUGCUUAAGUACAUUUACAGUUGGACCCCGCUAUAUUCGAACACGAUUUUUUGGAAGUCCCUGUUAUUUCGAACUUUUACAACCAUUUCUCUUGGAUUUGCCCUUUAAUCAUUUACAAUCGGUUAUUUCAAACUCCCGUUAUUUCGAACUAUUUUUCGUUUCCCCUGAGAGUUUGGAAUAGCGUGGUUCAACUGUUUUUCAUUAGGAUCGCUGUUAUAAAUUCGACUUUUAAAUUUAAGCAAAUUCACUUUUCUAAAAACGAUUUCCUGGCGAGUGCAAAGGACAUCUCGCAGGAGGCUAAUAACACGCUAGAUUUUAUCUAUAUGCGACCCAUUUGCUGUGGGGUCUGUCCAAAGAAUUACACGCACGUG